CCAUUUUGAAAACCAUAAAAAGAAACAAACCCAUCUCUCCAUUUGUCCCAAACUCUAUUGGGUGUCAACUAAAAAUGGUUUUUUCUUCAAAUAUGGCCAUUUCUCCAAGAAAACUUAGAUAUGAUGUGUAUUCAUAUUCAUACCAACAAGACUCCGAAACCCCUCUGGUCAUCUCAGUUCUUGCUUCUCUCAUUGAAAGAACUUUGGCUAGAAACGAGAGAAUUGGUAGAAAAUGUGUGUCAAGUCUCAAGCACAAUAGUUCGAAAACUAGCGUUAGGGUUUUCGAUUGCAAUGAAACACCCGAUAUGACGAUCCAGUCUUAUCUUGAAAGGAUCUUUAAGUAUACCAGAGCCGGGCCAUCUGUAUAUGUUAUCGCGUAUGUUUAUAUUGAUCGGUUUUGCUCGGCGUUGCCGGAGUUCCGGAUAACUGGCCGGAAUGUUCAUAGGCUUUUGAUUACAACUAUUAUGGUGGCUUCUAAGUAUGUUGAAGACAUGAAUUAUAGAAAUUCAUACUUUGCAAGAGUUGGAGGCAUAACAACUGAAGAAAUGAACACAUUAGAGCUUGAGUUUUUGUUCUUGAUGAACUUUAGAAUGCACGUAAAUGUGAGUGUUUUUGAGAGCUAUUGUUGUCAUUUAGAAAGGGAAGUGAGCAUCGGAGGCGGAUAUUAUAUCGAGAAAACCCUACGAUGUGCUGAAGAGACUAAAUCGCGGCAAAGGGAAUACAAUCAAAUGUCCCGAAUUACACUCUAAUAUUCGGGGUUGUUUUAGUUUAAUAUUUUGGUACAAGGAAAGCUUUGGGUGAUAUGUAUAAGUAGAAAUAUGUACAAAAGAUAGUCUUGAAGGGUUUUUGCUUCGAGAUUGAUCAACUACAAGAUUGAUGUAGGUGUGUUUUCAAAUGAGAUCUAGGAUUGUUCGUAGUUUGACCCUUUUUCAAUGGGGAUGGAUAUAAAAUUAAGAACAGAACAUGCAAUUUAA